GCAAGGAUGACAGAAGGGCUGGGGCCGGGCCUCCGGGCUGGACACACCCUUGGGUUUCACUGGAAGGGUAGCUGGGUCCCGGGUCCCAUCCCAGCGACGACCAGAGUUGUGUGGGGCUCCCAGCAGUGAAGGGUCUCUCAGAGGCUGAGCACUCUCUGAAGAUCUUAGACUCAGACACAAAGCAAGGAUGCGUGAAAUUGUCCACAUUCAGAUCGGCCAGUGUGGUAACCAGAUCGGAUCCAAGUUCUGGGAGGUGAUUGGCGAGGAGCACGGGAUCGACGGGGCUGGGAGCUACCGCGGGGACUGCUCCGUGCAGCUGGAGAGGAUCAGCGUGUAUUACAACGAAGCCCACGGUAAGAAAUACGUGCCCCGAGCCGUCCUGGUGGACUUGGAACCUGGGACCAUGGACAGCAUCCGAUCCAGCAGACUGGGAGCCCUCUUCCGGCCCGACAGUUUUGUCCACGGGAACUCUGGGGCCGGCAACAACUGGGCCAAGGGCCACUACACGGAGGGGGCCGAGCUGGUGGAGGGCGUGCUGGACGCCGUGCGCAGCGAGGCCGAGGGCUGCGACUGCCUGCAGGGCUUCCAGGUGGUGCACUCGCUGGGCGGCGGCACGGGGUCCGGGAUGGGCACGCUGCUCAUGGGCAAGAUCCGCGAGGAGUUCCCGGACCGCAUCCUCAACUCCUUCAGCGUCAUGCCCUCGGCCAAGGUGUCGGACACGGUGGUGGAGCCCUACAACGCCGUGCUGUCCAUCCACCAGCUGCUGCAGAACGCCGACGCCUGCUUCUGCAUCGACAACGAGGCGCUCUACGACAUCUGCUGCCGCACCCUGAGGCUGACCACGCCCACCUACGGCGACCUCAACCACCUGGUGUCGCUGACCAUGAGCGGCGUCACCACGUCGCUGCGCUUCCCCGGCCAGCUCAACGCCGACCUGCGCAAGCUGGCCGUGAACAUGGUGCCCUUCCCGCGCCUGCACUUCUUCAUGCCCGGCUUCGCGCCGCUCACCGCCCAGGGCAGCCAGCAGUACCGCGCGCUGACCGUGGCCGAGCUCACCCAGCAGAUGUUCGACGCCCGCAACACCAUGACCGCCUGCGACCCCCGCCGCGGCCGCUACCUGACCGUGGCCUGCAUCUUCCGGGGGCAGAUGUCCACCAAGGAAGUGGACGAGCAGCUGCUCACCGUGCAGACCAGGAACAGCAGCUGCUUCGUGGAGUGGAUCCCCAACAACCUCAAGGUGGCCGUGUGCGACAUCCCGCCCCGGGGGCUGAGCAUGGCGGCCACCUUCAUCGGCAACAGCACGGCCAUCCAGGAGCUGUUCGGCAGGGUGUCUGAGCACUUCUCGGCCAUGUUCAAGAGGAAGGCCUUCGUGCACUGGUACACGGGCGAGGGGAUGGACGUAAGCGAAUUUGUCGAAGCCGAAAGUGACAUCCGCGAUUUGGUGUCAGAGUACCAACAGUUUCAGGAUGCCAAAGCGGAUCUGGAGGAGAACGAGGAGGUGGCGGCGGAGGCCGAGGUGGACCCGUUGGGACAUUAACGGCGAGAGCAGCUGUGUGUGUUGGGGGGGCUGCUGCGAGGAGUCACUCAGGAUGAGCGGAUCCCCGCAGGAGCCCCAAGCCCACCCGGCACUGCAGCACCGCAAACCACACACGGGGGAGCUUUGACACAGGGCACGCAGGGGGCGGGGGUGGGGUGGUGGGGACGGAGGAGGGCUUUACGGCUGGCCAUUUGUUUUUAAAAACCAAGUGAAUUGUUCCCAGAGCGCUCCCUUUGUCCAGAGAUCUGGAUUGGGUACUUAAGGUAAGCCCAGCGCCGUUGGGCCUCAGGACCGCGGGCGCGGACAGGGGUUGAGGUUAGGCUGUAGGCGCUCGGCUGCACUGGUGAGCCGCUGAGUCCACGCGGCAGCCCUGGCCUGCAAGUUCUGUUCCUAUCCCACCUGCUCACACCUGCCGGCCUCUGGAAAAGGCCAGGUGCCUGCUUGGUGUGGGGGAGCUACCAAGGUAAACGUAAGUUGUGGGGGCCCUGUGUGCACUUCAGAGUACUAACUGCAAAGGGGAAAAGGGAGAGAAGAAGAGGGGCAGUCCUUCCCCCCAAAACAGCCUGGGCAGAAAAUAAAAAACCAAAAUGACAUGCAAUCCUCUCAUCUUUAUGUCUGAAUAGCUCGAUUUUUAUAUAUACUUCCAGUUUCUUACUAAUGCUUGAUUCUGGGAAUCCAUUAAUCCUCAUCUUUGGUUUUCCUGGUAAAGGCUAUCUGGAAAGGCCCUUUUCCCUUUCACUCAGUAAAAUCACCUCCUGAAAAGGCUCUACGGCCGCUCUGCUCUAUGCAAAGGGCACACGCACAACCGGCAACCGUUCAAAUGUCGGAACUGAGCCGUGGCGGCUGCCGUGUCCUUGGUGGUUACGGAGGACGUUGUCUCAUUAGGGAACUUUUACAGUUCAAUUAAUUGCAGAAGUUGCCAUCAAUGUCUGCAUGAUGCCAUAGCUUUAACCAUAACAUGAUUUUAAUCUGCUCACAUUACUACAGGACCAGAUACACAAGAGCGUAAUCAAAUCACCCAUAACUUCUUAAUUACAGUUUACCUGUUUCUGACAUGCAGCACUGCCGUCCCUUCCGGCGCCAUAGGGUGUUAAUGGCCUUCUAGAAUUACCAUGGAGCUACGCUAUUUGACCCAUGGGUAGCUGGGGAUGGGAGGAUGCAGGGACCCUUGCUGCGAGAAAUAUUUACGGGCAGGCAACCAGGUUCUCACCUUUGGAUUUGCUUUGUAAUCUGCAGUAAGGAGGUAGCUGGUGGACGGCCGACGGUAGCUCAUUUUGAGAAACAUCACUCUUUUCACGCAUGUGUUAUGACGGAAUAACUAAAAUCUGCACCAAGAGAAAAUGAAGUCUUGUUGUUGGUAUCAUGACCUGCCUUCUAUUUACAUAAUUAAAAAAAAAAAAAGUUUUCUACUUGCGAUUCAAGAAGCACUAAAAACAAAAGCAGAUUUAAUAAGAAACUGCAUCUAAACUACUCUUUGCUGGAAGUUCCUAACUUCCUUAGACGCUAACAAGACUCAGAACCUGUCGUUAUGGAAGAGUUUAUACACAUGCUUCUUCGAGCCCUUUUUCAUUUUCUCAGAUCUAAAAAGGCAAUUCAAUAGAGGCAAGAACGGAUAUAGAUCCAAUUUUAAAAAACCCUGCUGAUUUAUAUUACUGUAGAGAUUUUUGUUUGCUCAAUAGUAAUCAUUAAAGCACAAAGAAAUUC